CCCAGAGUGUUUACAACUCGUAAUGAGCUGGUGAAUGAAAAGAAAGUCCUGAAGUAGAAGGACGUCGCGUAGUCUCCUAUGUCACUCGUACUCUCCGGCUUUAGAUGAAACUUUAAUACCGUCGAGGAGAAGCGUGUGUACAGACAAACUGCGAGCGGAACCACCGGACAAGCAAGCCACAACACAGACUAGUGGGUGCUGUGAUGUCCUCGACCCCCAGCAGACUCAAACACCCACAUUGCAGGAAGAAGCACUAUCCUAGUAGCACUUACCUCACCCACGUCUGACAGCCAACCGCUGGACACAAGGGACUUAGACCCCAGGUAGAGGACUUGACAGAAGAGACUGAUACACACAGAGAAAUGUCUGACUCAGCUGGAGGUGGUGAAAGUGGAGGUGUGGCAGGUGCGGGGCAGGAUGCAGAAGCGGAUAAUGAGCCCCCCCAACGGGCCCUACCUUUACCUGAAGGUGACUGCUUAGAGGUUGGACAGACCUCAGAGGAAGGGGCCCCUCCUGCUGCCAAGCGGCUCAGGAUGAGCGGGAAGGAACAGGGGCUGGGACAAGUUGCAGAGUCCGUUGAGAUGCAUGGAGAAACACCAGCACAGGCUGGCUUGUUGCUGGAAGACCCAGACCCAGCCCCACCAGCACAAAGUACAGGAGAGCCACGACAAUGUGGGGAGAAAGGUCAAGGAGAGGAAGAGGUGCCUGUCAGUCAGGAAGCUGCAGAAGAAUGCCACGAGAAUGGAGAUGGAGGGCACGAUGAAGAAGGAGAGACAAAACCAGAGGAGGAGCGCAACACUAACGGAUCUGCAGACAGUCCCAGUGAAGGGCAGCACCUUGGAUUAGAUUUUACCCAGAACCCCCAGAUGCUGACAGGUUCCUGGACUGAUUACUCCAGCCUCCCAGAGAAUUACCUUAAAGGCUGCAAGUGGGCCCCUGAUGGUUCCUGUAUCCUGACCAACAGUGCAGACAAUGUGCUCCGUGUUUACAACCUCCCUCCAGAGAUUUACAGCUACAACUGGGACUUGCUUCCAGAGAUGAGUCCAGUGCUGAGGAUGGCGGAGGGAGACACCAUCUACGACUACUGCUGGUACCCCAAGAUGAACUCUCUGGAUCCUGACACAUGCUUCUUAGCCAGCAGCAGCCGUGACAACCCAGUCCACGUAUGGGAUGCAUUUUAUGGGGAGGUGCGAGCCAGUUUCCGACCCUACAAUCACCUGGAUGAGCUGACGGCGGCGCACUCCCUCUGCUUCUCGCCCGACGGCACGCAGCUCUACUGUGGCUUUGACAAAACCGUCAGAGUCUUCUACACUGAGCGUCCCGGCAGAGACUGUGAGGAGCGGCCCACAGUAGUGAAGAAGCAAGGCCAAAGUGGCAUCAUCUCCUGCUUUGGCUUCAGCCCUUGCCAGUCUGUUUACGCCUGUGGCUCUUACUCCCGCUGCGCUGGCCUCUACUCCUGCCAAGACGGCACCCUGCUGGCUCUGCUGCCGACCCGCCACCACGGAGGCCUCACCCAUCUGCUCUUCUCCCCUGACGGCAACUACCUGUACACUGGCGGGCGCAAGGAUCCAGAAAUCCUGUGUUGGGAUUUAAGAGAGCCGGGAAAGGUUGUGUUUUCACUUAAGAGGAACGUUGCCACUAACCAACGCAUCUACUUUGACCUGGACCUGUCAGGCAGGUACCUGCUGAGCGGGGACACAGAGGGAGUGGUGUCAGUAUGGGACACCCAGACAGCUCCUCCUGAUGGUAAUGAGGAGCUACUGCAACCUCAGAUGAGGUUCCAGGCUCACUGGGACUGUACCAAUGGCAUCAGUAUUCAUCCCUUCAUGCCGUUGUUGGCGACCUCCAGCGGCCAGCGGCAGUUCCCGUGGCCCGGCGACAGCGAGGGUGACUCGGCCUCCGACGGCGAGGGAGGUGAAGCGGUGAUGUCACCGCAGGAGAUCCGCCAAGACAACACCCUGUCUCUGUGGUGGGCCGGACCUCUCAGCCCCGCCACGGAGGGGGACCAGGAGCCGAGCACAGUGGGGGUGGAGGCCUGAGGCUGUCUUAGUUCAGCCAGCUUACACAAAUUGAGUUACACCUGCCAUGUGAUGUUUAUUUUGGGAAUGUUUGAUGUGGAUAAAACUAAUUAUAGGUCAGUCAGAUCCUUUUUCCAUCAGCAACAUAAAGUCCUGAGGUGGAGAAGCAUUGUUUUAAACAGCCGGUUUACUUAAACAUUACACAUUUACACACACACACACACACACACACACACACACACAGUCCAAAUAAAUUUCUGAAAUUGAAUCUUAACAUAUCACCUGCAAGUUUACAAGUAGUACAUUAGUCAGCAGAGUUCAUUUGGUAGGAUGAUGAAACACUGCACAGCAGGUCAGUUCAGAGCAGAAUUUCAGGAUUCUGUGUUUGAAGACCUUGUUGUUUUAAUGCCAAAUAGAAUUGGGAACCGUAUGCUAAGACUGUGGUCGAUGCUAAAAGCAAGGUUUUCUUUGGAACCUUACUCAGGUUGAGGCGAGAAGUAGAUUGCAUAAGAAGUAGAUUGGGGCUCAAAUCUUGUUGUGGAAUUUGUGAUUGAACUUUUUUUUUUUGUUGUUGAAAGAUGACGUAAUGAGUCUUUAACAAAGCUCGUGUUUACCUGCUUUUUAAUGCAGAACCCUGUCCUAAUUGGAAUAAUCUGGUGAAAUUUACAGGCUUGACUGAGGUAUGAUCGCACCUCCAAUCUGAGCUGUAUUUGUGGGAGUGUUAGUUUACGUGUGUGUGUGGCUGUAACGCUGCCCUGGAGAUUCUUAACUGCUAUAGUUACAAUAAGUGCCAUUUGUUCUUGAGCUUUGCUUUUGUAAACUGAUGGGAUCUCCUGUUUUUACCUUCUUUUUUAAACUACUGGACGCACCAAGUCGUUGUGUCUCUCUGUGCAUGCCCACAAAGUGUAUAUUUUUGUAAAGCCAUGACGUCAAUUCUGAUUUUCGAAUGUACACUCUGUAAGCAGCUAGCUUGAUUACUGUAACCUCAUAAUCUGUGAAAGUCUUUGAUUAGUGGGUGCACCUGGGGAAACAAUACAAUGUCUUACUUUUUUUUUUCUACAGGAUGUGCUCAGAUUGAAUUUGGACCUGUGUGAGUGGUAAUGUGGCAGCACAAAACAACAUUGUGUUUGAAUAAUUGCAUUAAUAAUGUACUGCAGUGAUUUGCUAAAUGCUUUUGUUGCCGUCAGUGGGGAAUUCAUUCCCGUCAGCUUUGCUGCAGGGUUUCUUUGCAGGUUGGUCGGAGGCUCAGCACACUCUAACCAAAGCCUUGUUUCUUUAGACACUGAUAAAUCUCUUUGAGUUCGAUGCCUCUGCUGAUUCAGGUUUCACUUCUUGGAACUCAAAUUUGUUGCCAAGCAAUAGUGGCUGCAACCUGGUGGCUAUUAUUACACAAUACUAUACAAAUUUAGGCUGUACCAGGAAGUAUUAGGAACCAUGUAGGCCUUGACGAUGUCACAUAAGUCUCUAGGUAGCUGUGUCUGCAACAGGUGUCUCUCUGGUGGUUUUAUUGAAGCGGGAGUGAAUUAAAAGCAUAUCUCUUCACAUAUUCACGCUCUUAUUC